AUGUCCGUUGAAGCCACCCUCUCUGUCUUCUCUCAAGUUGUCAAAGCAGUCGAAUACUGCCACUCAAAUGGAAUCGCCCACAAUGACAUUAAAUUAGAAAACGUCUUGUUAUCUAAUGGAUGUGUCAAACUGGCUGAUUUUGGAUUUGCCAAAUCAACCGUUAUUGUUGCCGAAUCUGAAGAAUUUUGUGGAACCCUCCCAUACGCUGCCCCCGAAGUCAUUAUGGGAAUGGAACACAAUACCAUGAAAGCCGACAUGUGGAGUAUGGGAGUUAUGCUUUACGUCAUGCUCUUCGGAGCUUUCCCAUUCUCCGAUAGUGACGCAACCUCUAUGGUCAAAGCUCAAAUCUCAAACACCCUCUCUUUCCCCGAAAACACUAGCGACAUCGUAAAAUCCCUCGUCUCCUCCAUGCUUGAACCCUCUGUUGAAAAACGUGCUGAUGCCAUCUCAGUCCGUCUUGCCUUGGGUCAGUUUUAA